UAAAUAAAAUUAUUUUUCUCAUAACAUACGUCAUGGUAUUUUUGUCCAAAAUGAAAUUAUCCAGAAGAGCAGUUGGAAGAAAAAGGCAUGAGAAAAAUUUGGCCGAAAAAGCUGCCAAGCUAGCUGCCCAGCGUUCCUUGCUUUUGUCAAAUCUCGAGCAGGAACCCACUCCCGAUGACCCGGAACCACCCCAAAGCAACAACCUUCCCGAGGAGCCGGAAUUCCUGCUGGAAAUCAAGGAGGAACGACUGGAGGAAGUUUUCGAUCCGAACCCCGUCCGGAACAGCCACAACUCGGAAUCACCAACAUUGUUCUGCUCGCUCUGUCUGCGGCAAUGCUCGGAGGAGCAGAUCCAGGAAUUUUCCUCCUACCAGAGUUGGAAUGGGGCCAGCUGCGAAGAUCGUCGGGGGAAGUUGGAGCAGAUGCUGGGAGGCGUGCAGAUUGUCGGGGACAUUUGUCGGACCUGCUGGCGCAUGGUCGAACUGGCCGUGGACUUCCGGCAGAGCUGCUUGAAGAUGGGUGAGUUGAAGGAGAGGUUUCCGGUUGGAGUUGCGGGAAAGGGUGUGGACGAGGAGGAAUGGUUUGCUGGAGGAACCUUGGAAGGUUUGGGUCGAACGCGGAAGAUGGUGCAGGAUCAUGUGGAGCGCGUAGGGUUCGCGGAGGUCAGUUUGAGGAAUGAAAUUGACAUGAAGUUAGAGGAGGGUUCUGGUGACGAUGAUGAAGAUCACGAAGAAGAUCUUGAAAGCAAUUCUAACGAAUCAACGGAAAACGUGGAAGAACCUGGCGAUGAGCCAGACUUAACACCAGCCGAACCCAUCCCAAUUCCGCUGUUCACAUGCUCAACCUGCAACAGAUCGUUCGAGAGCAAAGGCUCGUUGCACAUCCAUCAGAACUAUUGCAACAGUUCGAAAACGAUCCGCACGUACAGCUGCACAAUCUGUUCCGCAAAUUUCAUGUGCUACGCAUCGUUAAUCGGUCACCUCAACAAGCACAAAGGAGUCAAACCGUUCCAGUGUUCCAAACCAAGCUGCACCAAGACCUUCUACAGUCGGGUGGAGUGGCGCCACCACGAGCUAAGUUGUGGCGCGUCCCCAUUCGUUUGUGCGCUGUGCGGGGUGACCAUCAAGAGCUAUUCCGCUUUCAAAGCGCACAAGGCCAAACAUACAGAGCGUACCUUCCCAUGCCCGAAUUGUGAGAAGAAAUUCCCUUCAAGAACGCAUCUCAGAAAGCACCAGACAGUGCACACGAACGCACGGAACUACCCGUGUACGGAGUGCGAUAAGGCGUUCAAGAGCAGCUAUGCGGCGCGGGUUCACAUGAGGAUUCACACGCAGGAGAAGCCGUUUAGUUGUGCAAUUUGCGGGAUGGGAUUUUCGUACAAAUGCUUGGUGAAGCCGCACAUGGAGAAGAACCACGAGGGAGCGAUUUAAUAAAUCUUGACGAAGGAAUGUUUCACUUCA